UUGGACAAAGAAACCUUGCGGUUAAUUAUGGUUCGAAAUUAGGGACUUCUGCGGUCCCCGAAUUUUCUGAUUCAAUAAUUUUCUGUGAGACAAUAGCUCAAAGAUUGUACGUAGUUACAUGGUUGUGCGGUCUGCUUCCAAAUGGUGAAAAACGAUGUCUGGCGCUUGGGCGCCGUAGAUGUUCAGCUGGAGGAGAAUGGAUUGGUCCAGCACGGAAUAAUUGCUGACUUGCUUUCCGACAAAAGUCUCGUGAUCGAUUUCGGGUACCCCGGUCACCAUGCGGAUGUGGUGUCUACUACAAAAUGCCGAGAUCACGGCCACAUUGGCGACGUGGUUGUGGGAGAGUGUGUAAGCACACUGUUUCAGCGGUCCCCUGACCAUCCGUGGUGCUGGUAUCCAGCGAAGCUCCUGGCGUAUGAUAACCAAAAGGAUGUCUAUGAUAAUGGCAAUGAGCUGCAGUAUGCGUUUGUAGAGAUAGAUGUCGACGGAGUGCUGGUGCGGGACGUCGUGCCGGCCGAUAGAGUGGAGGUUGUGGGUGAUGGGUUUCAGUCUGCGAUGAAGAAAUAUCGUAAGCAUACUAUUGAACUGCCCGAUGAUCAAGAACUGAAAUCGUUGAUGUCCCAUCCUCGAUUCUGGAAGAUGUGGAACCGUGAAGCAAAGGUUGGAUGUGGAAAAUAUGAUGCAGGAACUCUGACCUAUAUUGUUUUGGACACGAAAGCAAUUACCACCACACAAUGCGUGGGUGUUUUUCAAACUGUGCGAAAUACGUUAUUCUCCAGAUACGACUGGAAGAGGCCAUGUCAGGAAUCUUUGCCUACAGGUGCGAAAAAGCUGAAGGCUGAAACGCCGGACACUGAGCAGGAGCCGGAGCAACACUCGGUCUUGAGCAAUCUUAUUUUUCCUUUGCUGCCGGAUUUUUUUCGUGGACUUUUUGCAUAUCACGAUAUAACACCCAACCUUGUACAGUUGGCGCGUGAUUCCAGUCAAAUGGUCUUUAUGCUGCCGGAAAUUCUUGUGGAAAUCGUGUGCUAUCUCGACGUAACUAACCAACAGCGAUCCCGUCGAGUUUGCACAACCUGGAAUCGUCUGUUGAUUUCCAGUUCUGUAGUGAUCAAAGUUGAAGUCGACUUGAAAGUGUAUACGGCUCCUGAUUCGUAUGACCGUGUAUAUCAGUAUGAGAAGUUACCCUUGACUCUUCUUAAAAUGGUCAACCAAAGGACCAGAGCGCUGAUAAUCACCGGACGGCUUUAUGAUAAAUGGACGUAUACGCCGUUUCGCGCGAUCGUCGCCAUGCUAAGAGCCAUGAAUGUGCGCGUUCCCAUGAUCGUCAUUAACAAGCGCACAAUUUGGGCGAAUGAUCUUCUUGACUAUUCCGAUCCGCUGCGCGUAAGUUUCCGUUCAGGAUGGCGAGACGUGUGUGGGAAGUUGGCGCUGAUCGACGCUGAAGUACGCUCACUGAUGGAAUCGCAGGAUCUUCUCAGCAAGGAUUGCUAUGGUUCGAGCGAUCGCGUUCGCGAGAACUGUUUUGGAGUACAGCUGAAACCAGCAAACCUCGUAAUCCGUACGAUGGACACGGACUCCUUUUUGAAUGAGUUAGAUAGUUUGUGCCCGGAAAUGAGUUCCCAAGAUUUGCGUUCACUUCGUCUGCAGUGGAAAACAAGAUCGAAAAGGGCGAGGAAAAUUCUGCUGCAAGUAUUGCAGAAGUGGCAGCUGGACGAGCCAUUGUUAGCAGAACAGCACAAAGCGAACUUCAGAUAUCUCAAAGUGACCUCUCUGCGGAAUAUCACCUUGUAUGCGCUGCAAUAUCGUCUCCGUCUCAGUUGAUACUAUGGUAGUUAUGGAAUUCCAUGGGAUGCAUAGAAGUACGCUUUGUGCUCGAGAUUAGGCAGUUGUUUCCGGAAGUCGACAACGAAUGCACGGGCUUAUGGGCACCGGCUAGCAGGUUCUCCGUUUCUGUUUAAUUGUGACUGGGCAACUUAAAAAUUACAGUUGUUCCGUGCUGUGAAAGGAAUGCGUAUGGCAGUAGACGGUAAUAAGGGAUUCCUCCUAUAGAAUCCGCUUUCUUGUCCCUGUACAACCAGAUUGAUUUCCAAUAUGAACAUGCAGUGCCAUGCGCUGACCGGACGAAAAAUCAGCGACCUAUGGAUUAUUUUUUUAUAUCGUACACAAAAUGUAUUGGCGACCGUUACAGACGGUCAACGGAUAUGCCUGGUUAAGGGAAAACGGUAUUGUAGCACUGAAUAUCUCUUGCUUCUUCGCACUGAGUUGGAAUUUCGGAAUGCUGUUUUCCCUGAUUGCAAAUUUGUGAUUAAACUUGGUCAUUGCUAAAUAUUGUGCUGCCGAAAAUAGGCUGUAUUCAAAUUCAGCAGUAGAAUUUUGCUGCCAUUGUUGUGUAAAGUAUUAGCCGCAGUGAACCGGUGGAUCAGUUCGUCACGUAUAGCAUUGAUUGGCUGGAUAGUUUGUUCAUUAGUUGACCUGUGAACCGCAGCAAACCCAUAAAAAA